CUACACCUCGACUCUUUUCACCUACAUAGUAACGCCAGUCAAUCAUCCGUUGAUUAACUCAGUCUACGACAUUUCGGAUAAAUCUGAUAUUAAUGUAUAUACUAAAAUGGCAGGGAUUGUGGAUACUUUACUUACAUCGAUUAAUAAUCCGGACUUGUACUCAAAACUACGAAAAAGAAUCGACUCUGUACCCAAUUCCCGAUGCAAUUUAGCGUCAGAGUGCUUAAGUUUAAUUACACCCGGAUCCAGAAACGUUUAUCUCGACGUGAAGAAUUACGUCAAGGACGCAAUCAAGGCGGAUUUCGAAAAAACUGGGAAAUGUAAUUUGCAGAUGGCAAAAGAAGGAUUUCUGUCAUCGUUUGCCACCUUGGCCCUACAGAAAAACAGUCCCUAUACUAAAAGUAUCAGCCAAGGACUGUUGGAUCUGCAUAAAACUGGACUGCUUGACUUCUGGGACACGUGGUUCCGCCCAAUGCCUCCGCAAUGUACGGGCAACAUCCAAAGUGGACACAGGAAAGCAAGAAACAAAACCUCAUCACUUUCCCUCAAGAAUUUGACUGGACCGUUUAUCGUCAUUGCAGUUGGACUGAGUUUUUCUUUGUUGGCUUUUCUUUUGGAGCACAUUCUUUGUGCGCAAGAGCGAAAUCAAAGCCCCACGUAGCAAGUUACAGCCCAAUUCCGAACCAAACAUCCCAUAUUUGAAGUGUCAUAUUAACCCGUUGAACCGAACAGUUAUAUAAGAUACCUGCGGGCCAAACGACUAAUAGAAAAAUGGCGCAAAAAUAGUAGCUUAGAACUAGCAAGUUCCUUAACGAAUAAAAUCCCCACGUCUACGUACGUAAAAACACUAU